AUGUGUCUUUAGUCAAUGUGAUUUAUACUUGCACAUAUUUUUAUCUCAUCGCCCACCCUCUACUGUUCCCAUAUUUUUAUUAUCAUAUCCUAGUUUAUAUAUCAUCAUUCAAAAAUACAUAACUACACGUUUCUUUUUCUGUGAAAAUAUUACAGUCAUGACAGGAGGAAGAGAAAUCCUACACAAGAUGAAGGAAAGAGCAUGUUUUAUCCCUUCCAUGCCAGACUCACCAGAUACAAGAGGCAAGGGCGGAGCAUCAAAGCGGAUCGCUUAUGGCUCCCACUUGGUAAAGGGAAAGUCUAAUCAUGCCAUGGAAGAUUGUUUAGUUUGUGAGUUUAAGCAAGUCAAUAACAAUGAGUUGGGACUAUUUGCUAUCUUUGAUGGACAUAUGGGCCAUGAUGUGGCAAACUACUUGCAGACACACUUGUUUGGCAACAUCUUGAAAGAGCAUGACUUUUGGACUGAUGCCGAGAGUGCAACUCGUAGAGCUUACCAAACAACAGACAAAGAUAUUCUGGAAAAAGCAUUCCAAUUGGGAAAAGGAGGUUCAACUGCAGUUACUGCAAUGCUGAUUAAUGGUCAAACGCUUGUAGUUGCAAAUGUGGGAGAUUCUCGAGCAGUUAUAUCCAAGAAGAGUGUUGCCAAGCAGCUAUCAGUUGAUCAUGAGCCGAACAGGGAAAAGGAUAUAAUUGAAAGCAAAGGCGGUUUUGUUUCUAACCUUCCAGGGGAUGUACCUCGUGUUGAUGGACAGCUUGCUGUUGCCAGGGCAUUUGGAGACAAGAGUUUGAAGAGACAUCUUAGUUCAGAUCCAGAUGUAGUAAUCGAGUUGAUAGAUAACGACGUAGAUUUGCUCAUUUUGGCAAGUGAUGGUCUAUGGAAGGUAAUGUCCAACCAAGAGGCAGUGGACUGUGUUAAGAACAUGAAAGAUGCGAAAGCAGCAGCUAAACAUUUGGCAGAAGUAGCUAUUUCAAGGAAAAGCAAGGAUGAUAUUUCCUGCAUAGUUGUAAAGUUUCAAUGAAAGCGAGUCCUUUUGCAAGUAAUUAAAACUGGGCUGUACAAAUUUUUUGAAGUGAUAAUAUACUUUCCUGCUGAAUUGUGCUUUAUUAAGUUGAAAAUAUUUCCAGUGAAACAAGAUCAGUAGCAUCCAAACAUUUCCACUUGUAUAAGAAAUUGUUGACAAUGUAUUCAUUGUUAAGUAUUGUAUAUUCAUUUUCUCAGAUAAAGAUGUUAGAUCUCCUCUAAGCAGA